AUGAAUCUUUCUGUGUAUGUGGUUUUUCUGGUUCUGCUGCUAGCUGCUUCAUCAUCUUCUAGUGAUGCUGCAAUGACGUGUGACCAAGCGACUGGGUAUCUGAAGCCAUGCCACGAGUACUUGACCGGGCCGAGUGGAGCGAAGCCGCCGGCGGCGUGUUGUGACGGAGCCAAAGCGCUAGCUCUGGUAUCGGCAGCGUCGACCCCGGAAGAUAGGAAGACUGCUUGUGAAUGCAUCAAGGCUGCUGCUCAAACCACGCCAAUUAAUGCUCAAAACGCUCACGAUCUUCCUGAUAACUGUGGCAUCUCUCUGCCCUUUGAGAUUUCUCCCGACUUGGACUGCGACAAGAUUGGUCAGAGCCGAGCUGUGCAAUGCAAUAUAUUGAGAAGCUGAGACCUGAAAGCCA